UUAUAAAUACUUUUAACAGGGUUGCCAACAAGCACUAAAACUUCAUUCAUAUUCACUUCCAACUGGACCCAUAUGUUUUUUAACCGUCGCGAACGCGCUCUAAGCCAAGUUUGAGUUGGCUUUAAACCGGUUUAUGGCCCAACAGCUAUGGAUUUGAGUAAUUUCCUCCACAGCAGCGAACAGUUAACGUGAAGACAUUGAACGAAAUGAAUGUGGUGAACGGUGUUGGAAGUACUUUAUUGCCGUUUUCGCGCUCGUAGACACACACAAAUAUUUAUUAUACUGGAGUUGUGCAUACCACAUGAAAUAUCAACUGCUUGAGAUCAGAGUACACUAUGCUGCCAAAUACGAUUAGUCAGGACCGCGGUAAAGAUUGGACCAGCCUGCACGAGGCUGCCGCCAAUGGCAAUGAGGAAAUGCUACAGACGCUGCUCGCUGGCAAUGCAGAUACUAGCGCUAAGGAGACCAAAUUAGGUAAUACACCACUGCAUGAAGCGGCGUCUCGCGGUUUCAGUCGCGCGGUAAAGUUGCUCUGCGCACCCAAACCCAAUGUGAAACCGCCUGCGAAGAGUAAGAAGAAGGAGGAAACAGCGAAACAAAGUCGAGGCGGCACAACACAAAAUGCAACGCUGGGCCUACAGAACUUUGCCGGUUUUACCGCGCUACAUUUGGCGGCACAGAAUGGACAUAAUCAAAGUUGUAGAGAAUUGUUAAUGGCUGGCGCCAAUCCGGAUAUUGAGAAUUAUUAUGGCGACUCAGCGCUGCACACGGCCUGCCGUUAUGGACACGCAGGCGCCGCACGCAUACUGCUCUCCGCCUUUUGCGACGUCAAUAAGAAGAAUCUGAAUGGUGACACGCCUUUGCAUAUAACCAGCGCUAUGGGUAGGCACAAAUUGUCGCGCAUAUUGCUGGAGGCCGAAAGUGAAAUCAAUAUACGCAAUUCACAAGGCGAAACGCCGCGCGACAUAGCAAUACGUAAGGGUUUCGGCAAAAUAUUGGACAUCUUAGAUAAUCCGCAUCGCAUACGCAAUAAGAAAGGCAAACCGACAACGGGUGAGGAGGAUAAAACGAAAGCUGCACCAUGCACGUCGAAAACGCAUGCGAAUGAGGUCAGUUGGUCGCCAUACGGCUGUCAUUACUUUCCUGAUAUGCGUGCAUUUCCAUCCCCUAAAUUGGAGACAUUACCCAAAGAGCCACUGAAGCGCGGCGAACAAUACUAUUUAGAUCUCGCCGGACAUAUACGCAAGGGGCCGAUCGGUAUUGGUAAUAUCUGUUACUGCGGUCCAUUCUUCAAGCACAUCGAGGAUAAAAUCAACUCAAAUAAGCGACACCUGCGCAAGUACGUACACAAUGCCAAGGAACAUUUGGACGAUAAGGUGCAAGCGUUGGCGGCGCGUACAAAUCAUCAAAUUGAGAAGUUGACGCGCACCAUGAUCGCCGAUCGUGUGGAAUGUCAAACACGACGUUUAUAUUUGGAGAACUAUUUGAAACGUGGCGAUCCCUUACGUUUAACGGCGGACGUUACGACGCGUGGACGGGAGGCGCGUGAAAUAUGCGACACUUUGAAACGCUGUCGUAGUCUUGAGUUUCUGGAGAAAGUCGACAUGUCGGAGGGUAAGAUGGCGAAUGCGCGCAGUUACGAUCUGCUCGAUGCAAAUACGAAUGCGCCGGCAGUAGUUGUAGAAGACUGCCUGGAUGAAGCGUUAUCUUGUGCACACUCGACUGAGAUACAGAACCCUUUGAGCGAAGACUCGAACAAUGAGUUUUAUGAUGUUUCGAAACGUUUGGGCAGUUUACUGGCUAAGACGAGCACAUUCCUAACAGUUGCCGCACAAAUAGAACCAAAUUCACAGACCAAAACAGCAGCAGAAGCAUUGGAAAUAGACGCAGAUGAUGGUGGUUUAUGCGCGCGUGUGCAGAAUAUGCAUUUGAGUCCAUCGAAUAGUGAAGCUUCGAACAUUACACCGGCACAGUUGAGCUCCGAAACUGGUGCGAUAUCGAGCCCCGAUUACAAUUGUAAUUUCCGUACGCCGCAUAGCGCGGCGAAACGUAAAGCUUUUGCGGCAGCGACGGAAGAAGCAACAACGACAGCAUCAUCAUCGAUGCCAUCGCCAGCUGAACGAACACAAUACAGAGAUAAACCGAUUACCAACUACGGUAAUGAACAACAGCUCGAGUACUUGUACAACAUACAGAAGCGCGGCAGCGUCAUACAGAAUGUGAUAAGCGCAUUGCGCAAAAAUCAUCAAAGAGCCGAUGAUAGUUUGGUGUUGGCAAAGACACGCAACGAAUCAGAGUACACUCAAGAAGAUAAGCUGGGCUAUAAAGAUGAACUCUUUCAGGUGCAACGUACGGCUGAGAGUGAGAGCAAAGAGGCGGCGAUGUUGAAAGAGGUUGGCUUACCUUUGGAAAAUUUGAGCGGCAGAGAGUCGCGCAAUCUAGUGAGAACGCAUGCGUUUGUUAUGAAAAAUCGCGAUUUCAACGAAAUGCAACGCUUGUCGGCGCAAGUUGGUGAGUUCACGAUACCGACAUAUGUGGAACAAGAUGCGCGCUAUCAGGAUUCCUCCUACACGGAAAGUCAUCCGGGCGAAGACUGCUUGGACUCGUUAGAAAGCUUACCACAGCAAACGCCGCAGCAAUUUAUAAGCGCAAAUAAUGCGCCAUUAUAUGCGCAACAGAUCUUCGACAAAGUCGGUGUGGCGCACGGCUCGACACCCUCACAUGCGACCGACUCACCAGAUUCGCAGAAUUAUGUCUUCCAGACAAAUUAUUGGCCGGAACGUUAUGUGCCGAAAGAUGCUUACUUUCACGACUUAUCACAACGCAAAUGCAGGGGUGCACAAAUAGGUGUUGCAACUACAACAGCUACAGCAACUUCAAACGACAAAACGACAACCGAAGAUGUUUCGGCAUACACGAACGCUUUGCCGAAGUUCAAUGUUGCUAACGCAGUUAAAAGUAUAGAGAAGCUUAAUGGUCAAGUGCUGGCGAAUACGUAUAUACGAGAUCCAACCGUUAGGAGUAGUCUUAAAGCGAAAUCCUAUGUGGUACCUGCGGUAGUAAAGGCAAAUCCGAAAAGUUGUACAACUUGUACAGACGCAAUUUGUAAUGGAAAUUGCACUUAUAAUGAACCGAUGAAUGUGAUUCCACAACCUCAGGUGCGACAGAUGACACACGAAGUGACACAAAAUGUGGCACAGUCAAUUGAGCCGGCUACUAUCGGUUUCACGGCAUCGCAAUCAGCGAGUUUGAAUGAAACUGGCAUUGUCACCACAGCAGCAGUUCACAAUGGCUUAGGCACCUACAACGCUUACAGUCAUGACGAAGCUGGUGGGCUCGCUGGCAAGACCAGCAGGCUGCCGGCAACGGGCUUCUACGCGAGUAAUGUUUCUAGUUUAGUCUGACAUUACUAUGUCUUCUAAAACUUUAGUGCUAAUGUAUAUAGUGUUUAAUUACUGUAAAUAUAGUAUAUAAGUUGAUAUGUAUAUAUGUGUGAUCCUAAGUUUUGUAUGUCCAAAUAUUUAAUUGUAGUACAGACAAAUUAUUGCUAAGCAUAUGAAAUAUAUUAAAUUAUAACCAGAAAAUGUAGAAAUCUUUUAUAAACCCACACAAG